AUGGCACCUCUCAAGGCUGCCAGAUUGCCAUGCCCACAAGGCGGCUUGUUAGCGCGCGCAAAGACGCCGCGCCACGAGAGGAGAGAGACGGCCUUCUGCCCAUCGUGGCGCGGCGUGGAUGGGGAGGGGGAGCUGCCUAAGAUGAGAGUCGGAUCCGGGAGAUCAGUUCAGGCAAGCGGGCGCCGAAUCGACGGACGGGUGCGAGUGGUCUCUUUCGGCGCCCGCGGAGAUGAGAGAGAUCGGGAGGCGAGUUUCACGAACAUCUCUGUGGCCCUUUUGCUGAUAAACAACGCAUCGCGAUGGCCUCAUCUCAUCGUGGGAAAGGCGUUCGCCUCCGACAAGGGCCUACUCGUGGCUUUCGCAUCCUUCCGAUCAGUGGAGAAGAUCUCAAACAAGCCACCACUCCGAUGGGUCGGGUCCUUGGAUUCGAAUUUCGAAACAGCCGUGGCCUGCCUCCCGCAUCGUCCUGAGAUUGAAGAUGGUCCAGUAUCUGAUGCGGUGGCUUUUGUCGCUGGCAACGAUCCCUACGGGCUCUUUGCACUUGGGCCCUUCCUCAUGACGAUUACCAAAAUUCGGAUAUUGCCCGCCAUGAGGCUCACUGACGUCCUCCGUGCUUAUAUCUUCCAAGUCCAGACCUUGAGCAUGUCUGACAAGUCGCUACCUCAGGCUGGCAUCUUCCCGCCGGCAACUAUUGCCCGCCCUCACCACGCCCGCGAUGCCGCCCAGACCCCGGGAGAUGAACAGCGCAAUGAUCGCGACCGCUCACGGCCGCUCUUGUCAUGCAAAGACUUCACCGGCACUGACGCCUUUCAACUCAUGCGCUGGCGCGGUUGGCAUUUCGACGGGCCGGGAGGUCCGAGUUUCCCCCUUCCCAAUCCUUCGUUAUCCGCGAGACUCGGGAAGAAAGCAAUGACCUCAAGCUAUGUCUUGUUGUCAUUUGCGGGCUCUCGGACUGGUGAGGGUUUGCACUGA